AUGGCGGAUUAUCCAGAAUUUGGAGUCGAAACGUUUCUCAUCACCGCCAACUCCGAAUACAAGUUUAGACUGAUAAACGACUACACGAAAGCGAUCAGGAAAACUUUUCUCGGACCAACUCUCGAGGAGCCCGUCCAACGUAUGCACGUCACUAACAGAAUACAGACCGAAGGAAAAAAUCGUGGAUACAUGAUAUUCAUGACGAAUAAGGAAAUCGGUUUGGUGGUGCUGCCAUUCGAUGGCAAUCCUUACAAAAUCGUCGCGACGUUAGCCCACCCAAAAAAGAUAACGUGCAUGGCGAGCAGUGACUGUGGCAAAUAUUUAUUCACCCUUGGUGAAAACGAGCACAGUGUAUUCAUGUGGAAGAUAAAUUACAGAUCUGUCGAUACGAUGGAACGUUUAGGUGGCGAGGGUCUCGCACCUUUUUGCAGCUUAAUUGACGGUGGCAAGGACGGAUGGCUCGUCAAUGAGAUGGAAGACUUGUUUUAUUACGCUCAAAUUAUUCAACAAGGUGAAAACACGUCAGCAACGAGAAUCGUCGGUGCAAAAGUGUCGAUAAUGCAACUGCCGAAUCUCAUGAGAGCUGUUGGUUUUUAUCCAACGAACAGCGAGCUUGAGACCAUGAUGGAAGAGAUUUCUUACAAACAUUACGCCGAGACUGGGCGACUAGUCGAGGAAAUGACUUUCGACGAUUUCGUCAAAUUGUACGUGAACCAUCGUCCGGCUUUCGGCAUCACGAAAACCCAAAUCAGACAAGCUUUCGAGGCUUUUACGACCUCUGAAGAUUUGUCGAAUCCAACAUUGACUUCGAAGCAAUUUCUCGAGGUUCUUUACGGUCGCGGGGGUCAAAAUAAUCUUGGAGGAAAUUCUUCUGGAGGAAAAUUAUACGGUGAGCCACUGAGCAACGAAGAAGCGCAUACUUACCUGCGACGUUUGGUGCCACAGGACGACGACACGACGUCCUUUUCGGGAAGUCGAGACGAAAAAGAUUUCAAGGCCGAAUUGAAUUUUGAUUUUCUUCCACCGACGAUUUCGUACAAGAGUUUCACCGAAGAGAUUCUGGGGAUAGAAAAUUCUCAAUUUCUCGUGACGUGGAUAAGAUGAUUCAUUUCCUAUUUCGAAUCUUCGUUUUUUCGUGGUUCUCGAGGAAAAAAGGCGAUGGAGUCUGAGCGAAUAGUUUUUUUUUUUUUUUUUUUGAAGGAUAAAUAUUCUUUCAAAUCUUUAUAAUAGUUUUUUGG